UCAGAAACAUCUUUACUGGAUAGUCAAAGGUAUUUCAAGAAAAUGCGAGAUUCUGGUGGUUCCUUGACCCCAGAAGAUAUCAUAUCCACUCAUUCUGUUGACUCCGAAGCUGAAUGUUCUUUAAAAUGUCUUGAAAGCCAAGUAUGUGUUGGUUAUAACUACAAGCCUGGAUCAGAAAAAUAUGAAAUGAAUUGUCAGAUCAGCGACAACAAAAUACACACAGAAAUGGAAUUUGUUGGAAAUAGGGAAUGGAUGUUUUACCAAGACAUGGAUACAUUACCUCAACAAUGUCACCGAUUGAACGAUGGUUGGACACUUAUUGCACGCUUUUCAAACCGAGAUCAUAAACACUGGGUGCGCCAGAGUGAUUACUGGUAUGACAAAGUCACACCAUAUGGCUACGUGAACGAUCCAAUGAACAAUCAAGACAUGAUAGCUAGAGGUUUCUGGAUAACAAAAGGAAAAGAAAUAAAAAUUACACGAAGUGAUGAUUGCAGCAAUACAGCUUUGCUACAAACUACCUCUAAUUGUCUUCAAGGUCAGACAUUUAGAUCCAAGAUUACAAGUUAUGGAAACUUUCGUAAUCACAAAGUUUGGGCAAGUAACAAGUGUCUUGGGAGAUGUCCAGUUAUUUACGGAGGUCAGUACAAAACAACAGCUGGUUUUGAACAGCACAAUUGCAGUAGUAAUAUACAAAACAGCAGUUACAUUGGAUUUUGGUGUGAUUGGGAUCACGGUGAUGGUGCUGUAAUGAUGAUUGGUGGAGGAGGAAGAAAUUGCAGCAGAGCAGACCAUGGUAUUGCAAUAACAGAGUCAGAUGACGCAAAGUUUGAAUCUCGAUUUGUUGCAUAUGAUUUCGGAUCUGAUGCAAUAAGGAUUCCUCCUUCAAUCUAUGCACUUAACUUAUGGGUUCGUUAACUUAUAUAUAAUUACUUUGU